CAAAGCUUGCAAACUCGUUUUGUCAUAAAUCUCUUUGUAAAUAACAUCCAAACUCUAAUCUGUCUACGGGGYAAGCUAUGAGCCUGACUAGCAACRGGGAAUUAGUUUACAAUGAAAGAAUUCGCAAGGCAAGUCAGGGWUACGUUASUGAACUCAGUGAACGAUUCCUUCACAGCUCCACGACAUCUUCACCAGAAGAACUUAGAGUUGAGGUCACAAAGAUGUCGGCCAARAAAGCWGAGGAAUUAUUUUCUACUGAGGAGGAACGUAAARUGUGGAUUGAGUCAAUACGAUCAUCAGUUGAACAGAGUUUGCAGAAUCAAGUCAGRGCCGUUCUUGGCACCCCACCAGAAGUCAAGAAGAAACGRCUGCACGAAAAGAAAACACAAGAAGAUGCAAAUAAAAUKAACACUAGAACUUCAAAACAAAACACAGUGAACUCUAAAGAACGUAAUUAUAUAUUCCUUAAAGAUUCUGAUCAUCGGUUUAAGUUUGAUAAAGAUAAACAGCUAAAUGACUUCACAUACGARCCMRGCUCACCAUCAGGAGCACAAAAGACGACUUCGUUUGUUGAUCCGUUAUCAGAUGACUUUAACAAGAUAUUCAGUCCUUACACAAGAGCGGCAUUAGAGAACAUUAGUGUUGGAUCAUCAAGUAAUCAUAUUCCUCGCAAACCUCUUCAAAAGCCUUACCAAAGGGCUCCCGGAACUGUUUGGACAGACUGUCAAGGCACAGAGCACGAACUCGCAGGACCAUUUUGGCCUAAAGAUCAUCUUCCACUGUAUUCAAACCARAAACACAUACAAUAUGUCCCCAAAUCACCUGAACCACUUCACUCUACAGGUACUCAAACAGUCGUCAAGGACGAUGACUUGGUUCUCUUUCCAAGACCAUGGAAGGGAACAUCUAUUGUGUAUGAUAGAAAUAAUGUUAAGCUUUGCCCCACUGCACCAACAGGAUGCAUUCCUCAUCUAAAGUUUGAGUCUCGGUUUGAAUGUGGAAAUCUCCAGCAGGCCAAGCGAGUUGGAAAGUGUGAAUAUGACUUGAUACAAACAACUGACUUGUACACUAAAAGACAUACGCAAUGGUACUACUUCCGAGUUGAGAAUAUGAYCCCUGGUAUGACRUACAAGUUCAACAUUGUAAACCUCUUGAAGCGAGACAGUUUAUACAACUAUGGGAUGAAGCCAUUACUAUACUCCCAAAAACUAGCAGAUGAUGAGAAAGUUGGUUGGAGGCGAACAGGACAUAGUAUUAGCUAUACAAGGAAUACAUCACCAAAAAUAAACCCUUUGUUGGCCAAAGAACUUGUCUACUAUGUGCUUAGUUUCCAGAUGGAGUUCCCAUGUAGUGAAGAUGUUUGUUACUUGGCUCACUGCUACCCAUACUCCUACUCGGACCUUGAGAUGUACCUGAAAACACUGGUUGACAGUCCAGCCACGUCACAUCAUGUGAGGAAAGAGGUUCUUUGCAAGACACGAGCUGGAAACAACUGUCACGUUCUAACAAUUACGUCAUCAAAAGUUCCAGACAAUAAGAAACUGGGCGUGGUCAUUAGUGCACGUGUUCAUCCAGGCGAGACUAAUGCUAGUUGGAUGAUGAAAGGUGUUUUGGACUACUUGACGUGUAACGACCCAGUUGCAGAGAGUCUUCGCCAAAAGUUUGUUUUCAAGAUUGUACCGAUGUUGAACCCCGACGGAGUAAUCGUCGGUAACUACCGUACAAACCUCGCUGCUAAGGACCUCAACAGGACUUACAAGGAACCGCACAAGGAUAGUUUCCCUACCGUUUGGCAUACAAAAUCCAUG